AUGCAGCCUGCUAAGUCCUUUUGCAUUUUUCCUGGUGUUAGGCAGAGCUAUGCAGGAUCAGAAAGGAUGAGUUAUGGAAUUAGGAAGCAUGAUCGAGGGAAAAGCAAAAAUAAACAGCUCGUGUGAGAUAUCCUGAAGAUUGUUCAUGACUAUUUAAUAUUAUUCCUGAAGAUUUUUAUAGCAAACACUCAACUGGACAGAAGAAGUGUAGGAUAG